AUGAUGGGUGAUGCCUCGCAAGAAGCUGAACACUUGCAAAACACAUUGAUCACUGAGGAGAAGAUUGAACAAAAUUUCUGUAAACAACCACAGUACAUACGGAUCCCAUUCUCAGACAUGUCAGAAGAAAACCCAGAAAAGGGUGAAAUAGUAUCUACCAACACCCCCUAUAAAUUAAUAAAUGGUUAUCCUUCAGAAAAUGAGAUAAGGAAAAGAAAGUCAUAUGUAAUGUCCUACAACAAUGUCACAAAUAAUGCUGAUUGGGUUUAUGAGAUAUUUAACGCGAGCACUUUAGCUGACAAUUGUGAAAAAGAGUUAAAGUUAGGUGAUACAAAUUAUCACAAAGGUCAUCUUGCUGCUGCUGCCAAUCAUAAGUGGUGUCUUGAAGCCUUAAAUGAUGCUUCUUUGUUUAGCAACAAGGCACCGCAGCAAAAAAACUUAAACCAAAGCACUUGUAAAAAGUUGGAGAAUAAUUGUCGAGAAAUAGCUAAAUACGAAACAGUUCGUAACCUCCAUGUGUACACUGGACCACUUUAUCCUGAAGAACUAACCAUGAAGGGAGUGAAAGCUUUGCCAAGUCACUUCUUUAAGGUGAUAAUUGUCGAGGAUCAUAAUGGGACAGUAAUACAGCCAUUUUGCUUUCUGGUUCCCAAUGAACAACCAACAUCUGAUAAUUGUUAUGUAAAUCAAUGUUCAAUUGAACACAUUGAGCAUCACUCUGGUUUGAUCUUCAUAUGCACCCCUCUUGGAGUAACACAGGACAGGAUUAAAACUAUAAAGUGGCAGGGAAAGAACGAAGCUGGAGAGAUAUGUUAUGCUGAUAUAAAAGUCAGAAUAAGCUCAUAA